AUGGACAACGCUCCUUAUCACUCAGUGAAAAAAGAGAAAUGUCCAACUACGCAAUGGCGAAAAUCAGACAUCAUCAAUUGGCUUACAAGUAAAGGGGAGGUAAUCGAUAACUCGAUGAUAAUUCCGGAGUUAUUAGAAGUGGUAAAACGGUUGAAACCUUUAUAUUCAACCUAUGUAAUUGACGAAAUGGUUAAGGAGCAAAACAAAGUAGUCUUACGUUUACCUCCCUACCACAGUGAGCUAAAUCCUAUAGAAUUAGUUUGGUCUGUCGUCAAAAAUCACAUAAAAGCCAAUAACAAAACUUUUAAGCUAGCUGACGUACGUAAUCUUCUAAUCAAAGGUACUGCAAAAGUUACUGUUGAGACGUGGAAAAACUUUAUCAGCCACACCACGAAAGCAGAAGACAAGUUUUGGUACAUGGACAAUUUGAUUGAUGAACUGAUGGCAGAACAACAGACAGUUGUACUAACUAUCGGCAAUUCUGAUGACGAAGAUGAUUCUGAUUUUUAA